CGGAGCUGGAAGCCACAGAUUGGAGGAGCGAGAGAGCGCCACGCUCAGUCCGGGCUCCCACACCAAGAAAAAUCUCUCUGGGGGCAACGCUUUAUUGCCCUUCUGCUCUGCUCUGGGAUUUUAAAUCUCCAAAGACCGAGUGGCACUCUCUCCACUUGGCCUCGGCCCCUCUUUUUCUUUCCCCCCCACUUGGUGGAUUUCAGUCCAGUCCAGCUCUUAGGUGAAAAGGUCAGAGGGGCCCCGUGUUCAGACCUGACUGCGGCUUGAGGAGAAUCCUCACCUUCAACCAUGACGACCAAAUCCAACAGCAGUGUUCUGGGUUGCAAGGCGUCCUCCUCUCCUCUCUUGUCGUCUCCACCUCGCCAGCGCUUGGUCACCAAAGACGGACACUGUGCUCUGCGCCCCCCUCUGGGCCCACCGGGCUCUUGGCGUGGGGCCGCAGGGAGAGCCUGGCUACUGGCCCUGCAGGACCUGUGGGGGCUGCUGGUGGGUCUGCGCUGGAGAUGGGUCCUCUUGGCCUUCUGUCUGUCCUUCCUGGCUCACUGGCUGCUGUUUGCCUGCCUGUGGUACUUGCUUGCCCAUCUCAACGGGGACUUGGCCGUGCAGGAUCACGACGCCCCCCCACAGGGCCACGUGGUUUGCGUCAAAUAUAUAACAAGCUUCACCGCUGCCUUUUCCUUCUCUCUGGAGACACAGCUGACCAUCGGUUAUGGCACCAUGUUCCCCAGUGGAGACUGUCCCAGCGCCAUAGCACUGCUGGCAGUGCAAAUGCUGCUGGGCCUCAUGUUGGAAGCAUUCAUAACAGGUGCAUUCGUAGCCAAGAUUGCGCGUCCCCAGAAGCGAGCAGGAGCCAUCCAGCUGAGCCCACAGGCGGUGGUGGGGCAACACGCGGGCCAGAAAUGCCUCAUGUUUCGAGCCAUCAACCUGCUGCACCGACCUCUGGUGGACGUGAAGGUGAGCGCUGUGCUCUACGAGGAGCAUGAAGGCCAGGCUCUGCACCAGACCUCUUUGGACUUCCACUUGGACCACCUGGGCCAGCAACCAUGCCCCUUCUUCAUUUUCCCACUCACCUUUUACCACCCCCUGGACCGCCGGAGCCCCCUCUAUCCAGCUCUGUGUGAGGGCACAUCCAACCAUUUCGAGCUGGUGGUCUUCCUGUCGGCCUUGCAGGAGGGCACUGGCGACUCGUGCCAGAAGAGAACCUCCUACCUGCGCCAGGAAAUCCAGUUUGACCGUCGCUUUGUCCCCGCCUUGGGGCUGGAUGCCCGGGGGAGGUACAUGGUGAGCACCCACCACUUUGACACAACUCACUCCAAGGAGUGUGUGGUGCAGAUCAACGGUGACGGCAACGACAACAUGGAGUGA